UUUGUUUCUGUGUCUUUCUGUCUCUGUGUCAGUAAUUUCCUGCGAAUGUCUCGUGAUCUUCGUUAUUGAAUUCCGGCGGGUCUUACCGGAAAUUUGGAUUUUGUUCCAAAGCCGUUAUUCUCAGAAAACGGGAAAAAAAAGAUUGAAAUUUUCCUGUCUAGAUUCAUCAUGAGCAGCGUACAUAACAGCGUGGAUACGGUAAAUGCUGCCGCCACGGCCAUAGUUACCGCCGAGACUAGAACUCAGCCAGAUACGAUUCCGAAGAAAAAGUGGGGAAGUUGCUGGAGUCAUUACUGGUGUUUUGGUUCAUACAAGCACAAGAAACGAAUUGGGCACGCUACACUCGUUCCAGAACCAACCGAGCCUGUAGCUACUGCUCCAAUUUCUGAAAAUCCCAAUCAUUCGGCUUCUUCCAUUGUGAUACCCUUCAUAGCCCCGCCCUCUUCGCCUGCGUCUUUUCUCUUGUCAGAUCCUCCCUCAGCUACCCAAUCCCCUGCCGGAUUACUUUCUCUUAAAUCUCUGUCUUUUAAUGCAUAUUCUCCAGGUGGGACUACGAUUUUUACUAUUGGUCCCUAUGCUCAUGAAACUCAGUUAGUCACACCGCCUGUGUUUUCUGCUGUCACCACUGAACCCUCUACUGCUUGUUUUACUCCCCCACCUGAAUCGACACAACUGACAACACCACCUUCACCAGAAGUGCCGUUUGCUCAGCUUUUAACAUCAUCGUUGGCCUGCAAUCGAAGAAACAGUGGAACAAACUUGCAAUUCUCAUUAUCCCAGUAUGAGUUCCAGCCUUAUCAGUACCCGGGGAGCCCUGGUAGUCGUUUGAUAUCACCCGGCUCUGUACUGUCAAAUUCUGGCACCUCUUCACCUUUCACUGAUAAGUGCGCUAUCGUCGAGUUAUGUAAAGGGGAAGCUCCAAAGUAUCUUGGCUACGAGCACUUCUCCACGCGAAAAUGGGGCUCAAGAGUAGGUUCUGGAUCUUUGACGCCGAAUGGUUGGGGUUCAAGGCUAGGCUCUGGAACCCAGACUCCAAACGGUGGCCUUUCAAGGCUUGGUUCUGGAACGGUGACACCUAAUGGUGCAGAACCUCCCUCGCGAGACAGCUAUUUUCCAGAGAGCCAAAUUUCUGAGGUGGCAUCACUUGCCAAUUCUGACAAUGGAUAUGAAGAUGAGGACAUUGCAGUUGCUCAUCAUCGAGUUUCGUUUGAACUAACUGGGGAAGAAGUUCCAAGUUGUCACGAAAAGGAGAAUGCCAUACCAGAACCUCCAGAGAAUAAUGCAUCACUACAAAUCUCUUCUUGCCCAGCGGGUUGGUUAAUGGGAGCAGAGAACUCUUACCAGUCUUGUCUUGAAGAAAGCACAAACACUAUCCCUGGUAACGCUCUAGAAGGCGGUGGAGAGCAACACUGUCAAAAGCACAGAAACAUCACACUGGGUUCAAGCAAAGAUUUUGAUUUUGACUAUGUGAACCCAGAAGCGCUGGACAAGUCUGCUGUUGAUUGUGAGUGGUGGACUAGCGAUAAGGCUACCGAGAAGGAAUCAGAUGUUCAGAAAAGCUGGACUUUCUUCCCGGUGCUGAAGCACCACGAAGUGAGUUGAGUUCAAACAUGCUGUGCUUGCACGGGCUUAGCUCACUGGUUCAGUAGGCAGUAUUUGGGAGAAGAGUUCAAACAUGCCGUGGCUAGAUGCUCCACCGCUCUCACGGAAAAGAGAACGUAAUUCUUUUCUGCAUUCUUGGAACUGUAAGCUGGGAAUGAAUUUUUGGAGGAAAACUUUUUUCUUAAAGCCUGUGAAUAAUAGUGUAUACUUGUUGGAAUCUUGGAUUAAACAGCAUAGCAUCAUAGCUGGAGAGAUAGGUUCAGGUUUCUCACUUUGCAAACAGAAAGGUUUGUGGUGAAUUCAAUAGGGUACUUGUUUUUGAGUGUUCCUUUCAAUAAUAUACUAUAUGGGUUUCUUGAUGUAUACACCCUAAAGUAUGUGUUUGAAAUAGAUGAUGUAAAUUAAUAUUAAUGGAUUGUACUAUUCCUUUUACUAGGGAAUUACCAUUUACCAGACUACACCCAAAAAAAAAAAAAGUUUUAGCUAAUAA